CAGUGUGUGUAUGGUGGCUGGAGGAGGAGGGCGCAGACCUAGCCAACCAAUCACGAGUGUGCUGCAUCAGCCAAUCAGAGAGCAGGUAGUCUUCCUGUUUGGCUGAGGGGUUCUUGAUAGGAUAGUCUGCUGCAUACACGGAAAUCAUGGGAGGAGUUAAACAGGAACAGAGUGAUGCACCACAGCAGCCCAGAGGCCCACAGUCAUCAGAUCCAGCUCAGGAGGAGGUAUGUCUCCCUCCUGUGCAGCCUAAGAAGAGAGGCUGGCCAAAAGGGAAGAAAAGAAAGAAGGUUCUGCCAAAUGGUCCCAAGGCACCAGUAACGGGAUAUGUCCGCUUCCUGAAUGAGCGGAGAGAGCACAUGCGGGCUCAGUACCCUGACUUACCUUUCCCAGAAAUAACCAAGAGGCUUGGGGCAGAGUGGACGAGACUCGCCCCUAAUGACAAACAGCGGUACCUGGAUGAGGCCGAGAGGGAAAAGAUGCAGUAUGCUCUGGAGCUGAAAGAAUACCAGCAGACUGAGGCCUAUCAGAUCACCAGUGCAAAGAUACAGGACAAGAAGGUCAAGAGAGAGGACUCUCCAUCCGUCAUCAUCAACACUGGUUCAGGUUCAUCUUUAACAAGGGCCUCCGACCUUUCAAGCAGAUUUGACAUCCCUAUCUUCACAGAGGAGUUUCUCGAUCAGAACAAAGCUCGAGAGGCUGAGCUGCGGCGACUUCGCAAGGCCAAUAUUGAGUUUGAGGAGCAGAACGCGGUGCUGCAGAGGCACAUUAAGGACAUGUACAGCGCUAAAGAGCGGCUGGAGGCAGAACUGGGGCAGGAGGAGCUGCGCACCCAGGCCCUCCACAAGCAUUUGUUGGCCGUCAAACACACACUCGUCAGCAGUCUCUCAACGGUCCCACUGCCAGGCACAGGUGAGACAGCAUCUCUGGGGAAUCUGGACUCAUAUCUCAGUCAUCUGAGUGGAGUUCUUGAGAGUAACCCCCACAAGCACCGGGCCUUUCUCGCCCAGCUCCGCGAGGUCCUCUCACAUAUAGACAGUCAGAAACUAUGAAGAACCUCCAAGCAGAGGUCCAUCCAUUCCUGCAUCUGAUGAGCAAGUGUUAGCUGCAGUGGUGUCAGGUGCAGUCGGUGCUGUUCAAUAGGGCCUGUGGAUCUCUCAAGGAUGCAAAGGCAAGAUUAUUGACCGUGGAAAACACCGUGCACAGUCCACGUCCACAUGCCGUCACUCUGCCCAUGUGGAACAUCUGCUUGUGGAUAAUGUGUAAUCUUGCACUGUGUUGUUCAGUAAUUUAAAUCACAGAGGCAGCGUGGAGGACAACUACAGUUCAGUGCAGAAAGGGAUUUCAUUAAGUGUAAUGUCACCUUACGCUCUGAACUGACAGAAUUGAAUUUGAAUCGACCCUGACUCUAUUGUGUAGCCUGGUAUUAGCAGUGACCAUCUGGCCUCAGCCAUAGCUCCUGUGGUCUGUCUAUUUUAAGAGUAGCCUAAUUUUCAGUUUACGAUACCUGCCAUUUUGGCAUUUUUGGGGCGCGGGGUGAUAUUAACUAGAAUAAUUAAACAAACUGGAAUAGAUUUUAAAAAAAUAAAUAUUGAGGUUAUAGAUGUUUGAAAUUGUAUCUGUAAAAGCGGGACACUUUGUGAAAUUUUUGAGGAGGGUGUGUGUGUGUGUGGGUGGGGGGGUUGUCCUUUGUUUGUCAGAAUAUAUAUAUUUGUCAAGUUAAUUUGUAUCUUUUGAAGUGUUCAAUUAAAUCAUUCUGCAAGCGUUUGG